CAGCUUGUUGAUAAACUUAUCAAUGCAUUCAAUUAUCCUGAUCCUAUGCAGCACAACUUUUUUAAACAUAUACAAGAAAUGAAUCCUAGUGGUUAUACACGAAUGUUCAAUUUCUAUACAAAAG